AUGUCCGACCUGCGUUUUACAGACUUUUCUGACGAUUCACCCGACCCACAGGAUCGGAUAACUAAUCGUAGUACUGUCAGAGGAUUGAGCGCCGUCGUGGACAGGGUUAUCUUCUACUGUCGUGCGGAAAGCAGACAAGUCACUGCUUUGAUGGAACGCCUCGAGAGAAAAGUGGAGGAACUCGCGGCGGCCGUGGAGAGGCUCUCUUCAAAUGAUCCUAACAUGGCCGGAACGGCUCAUGCGGACGCGAAUGGGGUGGAUGCCCCACAACCAAACGAUGUGGCAAUCACUGAGUCCGAUACCACCGAUACCACUCAUGACAGCGGGAUGGUCUCCGAAACAACUUACGACAGCGGGAUGGUCUCUGAGACCACACAUGGCCACGGCAUGGUCGCGUUGACCAAUUUAGUGAAGGACGUCGCCGCCAAUGUGACCCGUGCGGCUGUACACUCAAUGGUCGAGAAGUGUGAGCUGUUCGAAGGGAUAUCAGAAGAGGACGAGGCUCGUCUUUAUCUUGCUGCGGGAAUUCCCCCCCCGGCUCCGGAUGCGAUCGGGGGAAUGCUAGAGUCUUACGAGCUCCAACUCGGAACGGUAGUCAGUCGAACUCUAGCUGCUUUAGAGCGGGGGGCCUGGGAACAAGAAGAUGAAUUUAAAUCGGAGUUUUUGGGGCAGCUAGCGAGGACUCACAGAUUAGGUGCGCAGAGUAAUGGCCUGUGGUGGCGGCGGGUAUGCGAACUCCGACGACUUGCCAUCUUGAACCUUGAUGCACAAGGGGAGAACCCGGCCAGCGACGUGAUGCCUCCGGCGGACGGGUUGAGAAAUGAGCACGCGGGCGAAGGCGAAGCGGCACUCUUUCAGGUUGAACCAGACUUGCCUUCGGAAUCAGACGCUAUUGAAGAAGUUGAGGGCGCCGCUAUUGGAUUGAGGGGGGAUCAAGGGAGGGCCAUCCCGAAGCGGGCUGUUGAUGAUGGCGCAGAGGCGGAGGGGAGCUCAAAGCGGCCCAGACUGGAUUAG